AGACGCUUCGAAAAACCCACAACCUGCUUUUCGAGCGGAGUUUGAAGAACGAGACCGAGGCCUGCUGAGCCCCCCUACACGGGACAACACACCGGUCAGCUCGACGUUUCCUUCUGUCUCCCGAUCGCACGAAAAGCACUCACCGGGGAGUGUUGGGCGGUUCCCAGUUGGGGUUCGUGUUUAUUGAACUCGUGUGGUCGUCGGUGAAGCACUCCAGGGCGUAGGAUGCCUCCGUCUCAAGUGGACAUCGCCGGAACCGCCGGCAAGGCCGUCAUCAAGGUGGUCCAUCGGUGCACGGAUGCAACGGAGAACCAGAAUCUCGAUCUCUCCGACUGCCAGCUGAUGUCUUUUCCCGACGCCAUCUUCCACCUGAUGAGGAACACCGUCGUCCUGGCUUGUGAUCUCUCCAGCAACGUUCUACGCAAGAUUCCACCCAAGCUUCCAUUGAAGUUCACCCACAUCACAGAACUGAACCUGGCCCACAACCGGCUCAGCACGCUACCGGAGGAACUCAAGGACAUCCCCGAGCUUCGCAAACUGGACAUUUCUUACAACGACUACAUGUCCAUGCCGUGGGUCAUCUUCCGGUUGCCGAAGCUCACCUACCUGGACGCUCGCAAAAACUACAUCUCUGACGUAGAGACGCCUCGGCUGCGAAACGUGAGCACGCUGCGGGAAGUGCAUCUGGAAGAAAAUCCGCUCUCGGAAGACGCUUGUCGCGCCCUCGAGAACCUUUCGUCGACCCAAAUGGUCGUCCACGUCAGUCCACCCAACUCUUCUGAUUCUGACGACGAGUCGUCUGACGAGGACAAGUGAACCCACGCACGCCUCUUCUCCUGGCCAUUUCAUGCUGUUUGUGCUCCAGAGUGGAGCUGCAGCUUGGGUUGGUUGUGGGACCGAAUCACACGUGAACGCUUCGUGAUUCUCCAGUUGUGAAAAUGUUUGAGACCUGACAUUUGAUUGGCCGUGGGGACAGAGAUGGAAUGAUCUUUUGCUCUAUUGGUCUGCCACUGGCUGCAAGGUCGCGGCUCACCCAGCAUUUCGCGCGACUGAUCAAUUGUGAUCGUGUCUGGUCAAAGGAGAGUAUGUCGGGGAGGUGUUCAUGUUUGUAUACAUUUUUCUGAAUGCGUGAAAUGAAUUUUAGAGCUUGCAUUGUGACAAAAAGGCGGAAAUCAGACAGCUCAUAAAUCGAUACUUUGAGAACUUAAUAUGAGUACGAAAGAGUAUACACUGAAGUACAAAUGAGGAAAAACAAGCGUCCCUAACCUUCUAGUUUUGAAAACUCAAGAAACCACGAGGUAUUUACCAAACUAUGUUCUCAAUGACUUACGAAAGUCACAGAUAAAAUAAUUUAGUUUCAUUUGGGGGUAAUUUCAGUUUAAAUUGCGGAUUCUACUUUUUUGCACAAAAAGCAUGUCCACAUCCUACGUAUACCUAGCGCAAACCGAAGGGGAAAUACAACGGGCAUUGUUAUAUCAACAACUCUCGCGAUACUAGACAGAGCUGUCUUAAAAGAAGUUCUAUCACAACUGUAAGCUAAAAACUUGAACGCCCGCGUUCACUGAUAUACAUGCAAGCGAUUGAGUGUGUAUAGUAAAAUGAUGCGCAAAAAGAUGCGCCACCUUGUACAUAUGUAUUAUACAAGCGAAUUAAGUUAUCGCUGUACAUAGAUAUAUUUAUUUUGCAUACAGCACCACAUGAAUUUGUGCGCGCUUGGAACUGUUGUUUCUUUGUUGUUGCUUAUUUGAAUAUGUGCUCUCGUUUGCUGAAUUUUACUUCUUUCCCAUUGUUGUCUAGUAGCCUUCACAGCGCGGGCAAUGCUCCAAAAUUAAAUCGACAAAGACGGUCCACCACAGGACGUCGUCUUUACUGCUCUACAGGUUCAUGCAUUUAUCGGAAAUUCCCUGAGAACACAAUAUGAAAAAAAUCUGAUUCAUAUCGUUCUGUUUGACAGCUGAGACCAUCCUUAAAGUGUAUUAUAACUUUGGUCAACCAUCCAAAAAACCUCCGUGAGUCGUCUUUCUUUUUUUUUUUUGGCGACGCAUUUGCAGGAAGCAAUGCUAGAUUGACAGAGUUGAACCAGCAUCGAGUUUAUAUCAAGUGCCAACCAACCUCCCCUAGUAUAAGCAGCCACAUUCUUAGCGCUAUGCAGUUAACAGUCUGGAGGCAUCACUGGUAGAAACAAGACUUUGAGGCUUGGUGUUGCUGCAGACAAUACCUCCAAUGCUCUAAUACUUCAAGUUUGCCUAAGACAACUCCGUGUCUUGGGCAAGCUCUGGGGAAGGUGGGUAUUUUAUAUUUAUUAUAAUUGAGUAAAUAUUUUAGAAGACCUCCAGUGUAAGUUGUGAUGCAUAUCUCGUCAGAGGGGAAGACGACUCAUAUUUGGACAAGCUGUCAUUCUGGAAAAAAACAUAUCACAGUGAAUAGCUUGAAUCACCAAAUCUUCGCUGCUAAUUUUAAACGACAAUGAUGUCGAUUUUGGUUAUUUUUCGGUAUCUACUAUCGCGCGGCGAUUAGUGGAGUUGAGUCAACGCUCGCAUUUUUUGUAUUCUUUUUUUACCUAGUCGGACCGAGCGCCACAGCUCGAUAACAGCAGGUUGCAGAAGGCACAAGUGUUUGUACAUGAGUCAGUUUUUUUUCCUUUGUAUCCUGCGCGUAUUCCAAACUUGUUCAAUGGCGACUUGAUCUCGUGCGUACGCGCACUUGGUGGUGGCCUCCUGAGCUUGACUCCAGCACUGAGCGAUAUCAGCUGGACAGUGUAAACCGCUUUUUGUGAUCCCUGUUCAUAAAACACGCUGACGCGUGAGUCGUUUGUUUGAGAGAAAAAAAAAAAAAAAAAAAGAGCAGCAAGCUCGGUAGUUUAAUAAAAUCAACGAAGUUGAGUA